UUCUCACCCUUCAUUUCCUGUUUUUCAUCAUCUUCUUCUUCUCCGUCUUCUCCGUUCUCUCUUUUUGCCCUAUCUGAUAGGGUUUUCCGUGUCCUCCUAAGCUCCGAUUUCUCUCUCUCAUGCAUCCCUGCCUUGAAGAAGCCAUAAUCGUCGCUUUGGUUGCCCUAGUUCUCUUCGGUUCUCUCUUUUUUGCCUUCUUUGGAGGGUUCUUCGCUGGAAAUCUCUGCACUUUUGACCUCCCGGUGUUUUUUAAGCAGUAUCCAUGUCGAAGAUCUUUGGUUUCACCGGUAAUGAUGAUUUUUGCCCUGGGGGGCCGAUAUAUUCAAACCCCAAGGAUUCCAGCCUCUUUUUGUCCCUUGGUAAUCAUGUGGAUGUUUAUUUUCCUUCUCGGAAGAGAUCUCGCAUCAGUGCUCCAUUUGUUUUCUCUGAAGAGAGGCUUCAGAAGAAGAAGAAGGCAUCUAUUGAUGUUCUCCCGGAUGAGUGUCUCUUCGAGAUCUUUAGACGGUUGCCUGCUGAGGAAAGGAGUGCUAGCGCCUGUGUAUCAAAGCGCUGGCUUAUGCUUUUGAGCAAUAUCCGUCAAGAGGAAUUAUGCAGCGAGAAAACUUCCGCAUCUUUGAAGUCUGAAGAUGAUAUUGCCGAAGAGAAGGGUGAGGAUCAGGAAAUUGAGACUCAGGGAUACCUCUCCAGGAGCUUGGAGGGGAAGAAGGCUACAGAUGUUAGACUUGCUGCUAUUGCGGUUGGAGCUGCUAGCCGAGGAGGAUUAGGGAAGCUUUCAAUCCGAGGAAGCAAUUCUGGCCGUGGGGUCACAAACCUUGGCCUCAAGGCGAUUGCCCAUGGAUGUCCUUCUCUAAGGGUCCUGUCUCUGUGGAACAUGACUUCUGUUGGAGAUGAAGUUCUAUGUGAGAUUGCUGACGGAUGUCAUCUUUUAGAGAAGCUUGACCUUUGCCAGUGCCCAGCGAUUUCUGACAAGGCUUUGUUUGCUAUUGCAAAGAACUGUCCUAAUUUGACCGAGUUAACAAUCGAGUCAUGUUCAAACAUUGGUAAUGCAGGCUUGCAGGCUGUUGGACGGAGCUGCCCCAAUCUGAAAUCCGUUUCAAUAAAGAACUGCUCCCUUGUUGGGGAUCAAGGAAUCGCAGGGUUGGUAUCAUCCACUUCUUUUGUCCUGUCAAAGGUGAAGCUUCAGGCGUUGAACAUCACUGAUGUUUCUCUUGCUGUUAUUGGCCAUUACGGCAAGUCAAUUACUGAUCUUGCUCUUACCAGCCUUCCUGCUGUGAGCGAGAGAGGCUUCUGGGUCAUGGGCAAUGGCCCGGGGCUUCAGAAGCUGAAAUCCUUGACAAUCACAUCCUGUCAGGGAGUAACAGAUGUGGGGCUUGAAGCAGUAGGAAAGGGUAGCCCAAAUCUGAGACAGUUUUGCCUUCGCAAAUCUUCAUUUGUGUCUGAUAAUGGAUUGGUCGCUUUUGCGAGAGCUGCAGGAUCACUCGAGAGCCUUCAAUUAGAGGAGUGCCACAGGAUCACCCAAUUUGGGUUUUUUGGUGCUCUUGCAAACUGUGGUACAAAAUUGAAGGCUCUCUCUCUUGUAUGCUGCUUGGGUAUUAAAGACCUGAAUGUGGGUUUACCUCAAUUGUCUCCUUGCGAAUCUCUGAAAUCGUUGUGCAUUCGUAACUGUCCUGGUUUUGGUAACGCUAGCCUGAAUGUGUUGGGAAAACUGUGCCCUCAGCUGCAGCAUGUGGACUUUAGCGGGCUUGAGGGAGUAACAGAUUCUGGCCUUCUCUCUUUCUUGGAGAGCUGUGAGGCUGGCCUGGCAAAAGUUAAUCUUAGUGGCUGUGUCAAUCUGACAGACAAGGUAGUUUCAGCAAUGGCCGAGUCUCAUGGUUGGACUCUUGAAAUGCUAAAUCUUGAAGGUUGCGUGAAGAUAAGUGACGUGGGCUUGGUAGCUAUUGCAGAUGACUGCCCUUUGCUCAGCGAGCUUGAUGUCUCAAGAUGUGCCAUAACCGAUUUCGGACUUGCAGCCUUGGCCCGUGCAAAUCAUCUCAACCUGCAGAUCCUUUCUUUGUCAGGCUGCUCUUUGAUAACAGACAAGAGCAUGGCUGCCUUGGGAAAAACGGGACAGACUCUUGUCGGGUUGAAUCUCCAGCACUGCAAGGCAAUCAGCAACAGCACCGUCGACCGGCUUUUGGGCGAGCUAUGGAGGUGUGACAUCCUCUCCUAGACGCCGAGGAAUUUGAUGAUCUCCCGUGGCAAACAAAACAGAAGGGAGGAAAAAAAAAAAAAAAAAAAAAAAAAAAAAAAAAAAAAAAAAAAA